AUGGCCAUGGCCAAGGAGAUGCUCGAUUCUGACAGGGUCAACUAUCUCAUCUGGAGGUACCUCGUCGAGUCAGAUUAUUCGGAGACUGCCGUCCAGCUGCAGAAGGAGUGGAACAUCCAGAAUCCGCAACAACACUUUGAUUUUGCGCCUCAUGUCCAGAAUUACACACUAGUUUCGGUUUUGAACCGAGGCCUGUUGUACAAUGUACAGGAACGCGAAGCCCAACAGCCUCUUCGCGAUGCUUCGGCCUCUCCUGCAUUUGGAUUCUUCGGGCCUCUGAUGCUAGCAUCACCGCCUGCCGAAGUUGAGGAAGAAGAAGAUCACGAAAAUCUGAGAAAACGACAAAUCGAGAACAACAGCGAGCAACCCCACAACCAGCCUGGACCACCGAUCAAGCGGCCCCGGCUCAGCAACGGCUACGGAACUGGAUUCGACUCUACUCCCAUGGAUGUCGAUGACGAUCCAAAUGGUGACGAGAACGCUUAUCCGUCACCAGAGCAGCUUCCCUCUCCGGUCGUGGCGACCGUUGGGCCUGAGAUUGGCACCCAGGUCGAGAAAGUGAACGAACUUACCUCCUCCGAGACGUACUUUCUCGAGCUUUCAGAUAAUCCUUCGGCCAGGAACGUCGUCCUUCUUCAGUGCGAGUUCAAUCCUCAAAAGGCGGAACUCUUGGCAGCUGCCGGUACCGAUGCGCUAGCCCGCAUGUGGACCCUGCCGCCAAGUCCCGACUCAGGUUCUGGUUCCGAGAGCCCCGGCAAAGGUCGUCAUGGUAUUAAUCGAGGUACGGACCACCAGCCGCUUCUCGACGAAUCUGUGUCCCCCAGUACUACGGUUACAGGCCUCGCGUGGUCCCCGGACGGAGAGCAUAUCGCUGUUGCAAGUGAGCCAAUCGAGGAAGGGAAUGCACGAAUUGAAUUUUUCCAUCGUGAUGGAUCUCCAUUCCACUCGGUCAACGGCUUUGACUCGCCAGUGAUUUGUCUUCGGUGGAGUGAAACAGGUAAAGCUUGCCUAGCAAUCUCUCCCCAGAAUGAGAACAAGGGCACGGUUAUAACGAUCAUGUAUCCUCUGCUGGAUUACUCCAUCAACUUCUCUCUGCCGCAACACAUUCUGGUUGACCAGACUCUAGACGCUGCUUGGAAAGGAGACGAUCAGUUUUUCCUUUGUGGCGGAAGCCUUCUACAGCAAUGUGCUCUUGCCGACCGUGCUGUCGUCCUCGGAAAAAGGUUCGAAGUACCUGUAGGCGAAGCGCUCUGUAAGAUUGCUUACGACCACCGAUCUGGAUUGCUAGCUACUGCAAGCGAAUCCGGCACAGUAGGAAUCUGGAAUGAUACAGAGCGUUGCAAGUCGUUCGAUGCUCAUCAAGGUGUGAUUACGUCUAUAUUAUGGCAACCUCGCCAGUUUCCACUCGUGUCAGAACACGAAACCGCACGAUUCCUUGCAACCGCUGGAGAUGAUGGCGCAAUUAGCAUAUGGAAUGUCUAUUCGUCAGAAGAGAAGUCGGUGUCAUCCAUGACGAUGGGGUCCGCUGUAGUUGCGCUCUCGUUUACGCCCGACGGAGCAUUCAUUGCCGGUGGAACAAAUGAGCGUAUACUCAUAUGGAAAACCGACGAUGUUAGCGUUCCUCGAGCGAUCUGGAUUCGGGGAGAUGACAAGGGGUGGCGAACACCACAGUCGCAAGACUCUGUACCCGAUGACAGCGAAGACCAAUUUUCAAUGUGCUGGGAUGCCAAGGGCCAGAGGCUUGCCUACGGGGUCAAUAGCCGGUUGGCUGUUAUCAACUUCCGCCGAUAA